AUAUGUGGAAAAAACGCAUAAAAUACAACACGUUAAAAAAAACAAGAGAAACAAGAAAUACAUAACGUAUCUGCAUUUAUUCAUACGGGAUAGUUGUCGUUAACGUUUCUCGUACAGUACAUUAUCAGUAAUGUAUCUAAAACCGAUAUGAAAAGUAGUGGCACAGUUACUGAUGGUUCCAGUAAAGGAUUAACUAUUGGAAAACGUGCUUCGGGAGAAAAAAAAGAAGAACGAACAAGAAAAAGAAAUGGAAGGAGGAAAGACAAGGAGAGAAUAAAAAUGAUAAUCGUUUUCGUUUUGUUCCGCUUAGCUUAAAGUGAUACUAGAUUUUUUGAAAUAGUGCAAUAUUUACCAUGGAUAAGAAUACUAACGACAUGAAGGAAAAUCCCAGGGAGACCGCGAACAUCUUGAGUAUUCUGUUCUUCUGGUGGAUGCGAGAAUUAUUUAUGACAGGAGCCAAACGUGAUUUGGAAGAAUCUGACAUUUAUCGACCAGUGAAAGGAGAUGAAUCCGAGAAAUUGACCGAUCAUCUCGAAAAAUACUGGAAUCGCGAGUUAGAUAAACUAAAAAACCUGGAAUUCACCAUGAGCAAGGAUGGGCAGAAAGUGCCGUUGAAGGGGGACGCCCGUCCGAGAUUAUAUAAGGCCAUCUUCAACGCCUUUUGGUUGCCAUGUUUCAUAAUUGGAGUCUAUCAAUUUAUUCCAUACAGCAUAAUACGCCUAUCGAUACCGAUCUUCCAAAGUUGGAUCAUCGACUACUUUGCCAGAGAUCCGACCGGAAAGAAUAAGGUAGAACUGAAUGACGUGUUGAUUUACAUUGCCUGCUUGAUACUUUGUUCUAUCAUCUGCUUGCUAAUAAUACAGCAUUCGGCGAUGCUAUCGCUGCAGUUUGGCAUGAGAAUACGUGUCGCUUGUAGCUCCCUUCUCUAUCGAAAGUUAUUACGACUGAACAGAACAUCCAUAAAUCAAACCGGUACUGGACAGAUCAUAAAUCUUCUUAGCAAUGACGUUAUUCGCUUUGAUCAGUUAACAAAAUUUCUGAAUUUUAUAUGGAUCAUGCCUCUUCAGAUCACAAUCAUAGGUUAUAUAACGUGGCAAAAAAUCGGUUUUUCAACACUUAUUGGUAUCGGAUCGCUAUUGAUCAUCGCUCCAAUAGUACAAGGAUUCUUCAGCAUACACAGCCGUAAACUCAGAGCCAUGAUUGCGCCACUGACCGAUCGAAGAGUGCAAAUAAUGAGUGAACUCGUAGCUGGAAUACAGGUGGUGAAAAUGUACGCCUGGGAGAAACCGUUCGGUAAGAUCGUCUCUGUGACCAGAAAGCUGGAGAUCAAUAAGAUUAAAUUUUUGUCAUAUGCUCGUGCCAUGUGUUUGGCCACUGUAGUCUUCACCCAGCGAUUGAGCCUCUACUUUACUUUAAUCACGUUCGUCCUAACAGGGAAUAACCUGACUGCUGACGUGACUUACGAAAUGACGGCAAUUUUUAACAUACUUGAACGCAGCGCAGUGUUCUACUUUCCACAGGCGCUGAUAAUGAUGGGUGAAACAAUAGUGUCUAUGAAUCGAUUAGAGGAUCUUCUGCUGAUGGAGGAAGUAAAGAUGGGACAUUCGGAGAAAAAUUCACAGUUACAGUCUCAGAAAUCAAACGAUGCUAGUAAUCCAGAGAACCGCACGGACAAGUACAUCUCGAAAAAUAGGAGUAUCAAGCUUUCCGAGGUUCAAGGGCUGUCUGAUUUUCCGGUCUGCGUCGAGUUUCAACAUGUUUCGGCUAAUUGGAUCAGCGGCAAAUUGCCACCGACUUUAUGCAAUAUUAAUUUAAUCAUCAAGCCAGGCCAGUUGUGCGCUAUGGUCGGUGCAGUGGGUUCUGGCAAAUCUUCUAUGUUACAUCUAUUGCUGAAGGAACUGAAUCCCGGCGCAGGUUCCGUGACACUUAUUCAGGAUUCCUCAAAGAAUCUCAUUCAGGGCAAUUUGUCCAACGGUUACUUUACAAACAAUCCGAAUCUACGAAUCUCUUAUGCUAGCCAGGAACCAUGCUUUUUUGGCGGUACUGUAAGAGACAAUAUAUUGUUUGGUCAACCCUACGACAAGGCCAGAUAUACUCAGGUGGUAAAUGUGUGUGCUUUGAAGGAGGAUUUUCGACAGUUUCCACAGGAGGACAUGACGAUGGUAGGCGACAGAGGUGUAUUUCUGUCCGGAGGUCAAAGGGCGCGUAUCAAUCUCGCGAGGGCAGUUUACAGGCAAGCAGAUCUUUAUCUGCUCGAUGAUCCCUUAAGUGCGGUAGACACCCGCGUCGCUAGACAUCUUUACACGAAAUGUAUUACAGAUUAUCUUCAUGGCAAGACAAGAAUACUCGUCACCCAUCAGCUGCAAUUUCUUAAACGUGCGGAUCACAUUGUGGUAUUGGAUCAAGGUCUUGUAAAAAUGCAAGGAAGUUAUAAUGAAUUAGUACAGUCAAAUAAUUAUUUCAUCGAAAUGAUGAACAAUUUGAAUCGCGAAGCGCAGAAAAACGAAGAAGAAGUUAAGAGAGCCUCGGAAAUAGCAAUAAGAAAAAUCUCUCUAAUGAGACGUGCCUCAGAUUUAUCAACCGCAAGUUCCACCAUUCAUUCGGACAUUGACGAUUCGGAUUACGUAGAGAAUAUUCCAGAAGGCGAGAUGAUGGCACGCGGGCGAAUAUCCGGCAGAGUGUACAAAGAAUAUUUUCAUUACGGCGGGAAUUACUUUAUCUUGUUAAUGUUGUUGCUAUCUUUUGUUAUCAGCCAGAUUGCUGCUACUGGAAAUGAUUACUGGCUCUCGUACUGGAUUAAUUUGGAGAAUAUCAGGCGUAUCAACAACGUUAGUGACACCAAACAGUACGCAAACAUGUAUAGCAAUAACUUUCUGGGAUCGAUCUUCACUCUGAAUCCGGACGGUCUACUCAGCACCGUGGAUGCCAUAUACGUAUACACCUUUUGCAUCAUCGCUUGCGCAGCUACUACGCUCUUCAGCAGCUUCCUCUACAUGAAGAUCUGCAUGAAUUCCAGCUGUAAUCUCCACAAUACCAUGUUCUCUAAUUUGAUGAAUGUGCCCAUGUCCUUUUUCAAUACCAAUCCCUCCGGGAGAAUUUUAAAUAGAUUUUCGAAAGAUAUGGGUACCAUGGACGAAAUGCUGCCCACAGUAAUGUUACAGACGCUCCAAAUAAUUUGCUUCGUAUGCGGUGUAAUGAUCAUACAGGUAAUACUUAAUCCAUGGAUGUCGAUAAUAAUAAUGGUAUUGACUGUUUUACUUUUCUUCACAACGAAGUUCUAUGUGAGUACCGCUCAGAACGUCAAACGUCUCGAAGGCAAAACAAAAAGCCCGAUAUUUUCGCACGUGAAUGCCACGCUAAACGGCCUGCCGACGAUUAGAAGUAGUGGAGCCGUAAUUGAAAAGAUAAUGCGACAACAGUUCGAUGUGUUGCAAGAUCGCCACAGUGGCACGUGGUAUCUCUCUUUAGCAUGCUUUUCCGCUUUCGGUGUCUUUACAGACAUCAUCAUGUGCCUGUUUGUCGGCAUUCUUUGCUAUUCCCUAGUAUUACUGAAUAAGGCUGAUAACAUAGAUGAUAGUAAAAUAGGCCUGGCGAUAUCGCAAUCAUUGAUUCUGAUCGGUCGUUUGCAACACGGCAUAAGACAAAUUACCGAGACGAUGUCACUAAUGACUUCCGUGGAAAGAAUUCUUCAGUACACAAAUCUCCCCAAGGAGGAGCCCGUUACUUCUGACAAUCCGCCGCCGACCACUUGGCCUCCUACAGGACAAUUAUGCUUGAAGAAUGUCAGUAUGAAGUAUAAUGAGGAUGAUCCACCGGUUUUAAAGAAUUUGAAUGUGACCAUCGAACCUGGCUGGAAAGUUGGGGUGGUGGGACGAACUGGCGCCGGCAAGUCUUCCUUGAUCUCAGCGCUUUUCCGAUUAUUUAACGAAGGUCUAGAGGGUGAGAUUAAGAUCGACGGUAGAGACACGAGUACAGUGGGUCUGAGCGAGCUGCGCUCCAAGAUUUCCAUCAUACCGCAGGAACCGGUACUCUUUUCUGAGAGUUUGCGCUACAAUCUAGACCCUUUCAAUCAGUACGACGACAUGAAACUGUGGGAAGUACUGCGACAAGUCGAAUUAAAUGACAUCGCACUGGAUAACAAUAUCUUCUCCGGCGGCCAUAACUUCAGCGUCGGCCAGAGGCAGCUCAUAUGCCUGGCCAGGGCCAUUUUAAGGAACAAUCGCUUGCUCGUUCUCGAUGAGGCCACGGCUAACAUUGAUUCGCACACUGAUGCCUUAAUUCAGAAAACAAUAAGAAAAAAUUUUAAAGAAUGUACCGUCAUCACCAUAGCACAUCGUUUAAAUACUAUAAUAGACAGUAAUCGGAUUAUUGUGAUGGAGAAUGGUUCCAUUGUGGAAUUUGGUUGUCCGUAUGAGUUACUGCAUGACAAACCGAAUGGUUACUUCUCACAAAUGGUGGAGAAGACAGGCAAACAGAUGGCUCUAAGUCUUUUAGAGCAGGCAAAGAAGGCUUGUCAAAAGAAUAAUGAUCAAUGCGAAUUAAACUCUUCAGCACGAAAUACCGAGAGUGAAAGUGACGGCACAAUUACAGAACAGUCUACUUUAUAGAUUUUUCUUUAUAUCAAAAAAUAUGUGUAUAUAAAAAAUUGGGGUAAAAGGAUAAGAUGUGCUUGUAUAUUAGUAUGUUAAUUUUUAUUCUACUUUUAUUUUUUAUUUAUUAUCUUUACUAUAACAUAAAUGUCACAUUUACUGCAAAGAUAAUGAAGUAUGAUUAAAUUGUUAUUUUUUCGAUAUUAUUUUUGUGAAAGAAAAUACAAAUAUCUCUUCUAAAAAUUAAUUUUUCAAUGUGCUCUUAUGUAUACACUACGGCAAUUAAAAUUAACGUAUAUAAUUAUUGACUUUUUUAAGUAAGUACAAUAGAACGUAUUUUUUUUACUUUAGAAAGAAAUACAACUAAUGUAUGUAUUGUUGCAUUAAUAAUGAAAAAUUAUUAUCACAAAGAAUAAAACGGUAUUUAUUGCCCGGAAAAGAAUGUUUUAUAUUAAAACGUAUAUGAAUAUAUUUAAAAUAUUAAUACACGUUUUUAUUUUCCUUACGGCAUACUAUUCGUUCCUGUUAGUUAUUAAUUUUUAUCACUUUCUUCAUUAGAAGAAUUUAAUAAUAUUGUUAUAUUUAAUAAUAAUCUUUCAAUAAUAUUAAAAAAUUAAAUUCUUAUUUGCUUCCAAUAGAAAUUCCAAAUCAAAUAAGUCGAUUAACAAGGUCUUUAGCAGAUAAAAAUUCCUGGAAAGCAAGAGAAUGGGAAAAUUGGCUAAAUGGGUUAAAAUACUUUAAAAAUACACAAGUUAUUUUAUGUGAGACAAGGUUAUAAUAAUACAUAAUCGAUACAAAUAAUAGCGGUUUCUUUUUUCAAGAAAUGCGAGAAAAAUAUUUAUCGCCGAAUAAUAGGGAAAAGUCAUAAGUAUAAUAAUUAUAAAUAUCUAUGUAUGUCUUUUUAUAUAAGAAAUUGUUUCUAGGAUAUAGAAUGAACUGUUAUAUUUCAUAAUGUAAAGCAUUUAGAAAAUGCACAAACACACAUGCGCGAUUUGAAAUGUCACAUUUUAACGAUUAACUAAAGUACAUACAACAAAAUGUAUAAAAAGGAAUAAAUUGUAGUCAUGAUUUCACAUUCAUUAAAUAUUUCUCUGAAUCGUGUAUAUCCAUAUA